UUAUGAGGCUUGUUGGAAAGAUAGUGACUGUCUUAUUAAGGAAGAAGACCUCCAGGUCUCCCUGGAGGAGACCAGGGUGACUCUCUGCUCUGGAACUUUGGAAAUAAAAUAGGUGAAAAUAGAACUUCCCUGGAUUUCUUUCAGCUGGAGCCGGGAGUCUGUUCACAGACUCUCCUACCAAGCACUUUUGAAAAGGGAUCUGUAGAAUAAUGUAUGUGCUACGAUUUCAAACAUCUUGUUCAGUGUGAAAAAAGUUCUUUUCCAAAUUGAUUGCACUGUUAUGCUUUUUAAUUGAUGAAUGCAGUAAUAGGCAGUUUAAUUAUGUUAGCCUUCUGCUUAACAAAGGCAGCAGAUAUUUUUUCAGUACCAGGAUUGGACAGUUACUGCAUGUUUUAACAAAUGUGACCAUUACUUUUAAUAGUGUCAAACAAAACUUGAAAGAGUGGAAAAACAAACAUUAAAGAAUUCAUUUAAAUGUGAAUAGAUACUGCAAAGAAUAAUAGAUAAAAUGUUCUUCAGAUUAAAAAAACAAAACACAGAACAUUGAAUUUCUGCUAGGUCUGAUUUUGGGAGAAGAAGCUGAGUCUACUCUUAAACCCAGGAAAUGAGGGAUUCCAGGUUUUUUCCCUGGUAUUGCUGCAAGCCUAGCUUUAGCCAGGUCAGUUAAAUCCAGAACUGUGAGAAUGAUUAGGCUUUUGUUGCUGUGCAUUGCUAGGCCUAAGUGCCUCGGGGCUUUGACUUGAGGCUUUGUGAAAUUGCCUUUCAUCUAAAUACUUUGCAAGUAACUGCAUUUUGGGCAUUCCGUGUUGCAGCUGAACAACACAAACCCAGUGCACCUGCAGUGUCAGUACUUCUGUCAUGCUUGCAGUUGGAUCCUCUGCUGUGCUGGGUUUCUUCACUGGUGCUUCAGUAGUGGGCAGCUGGCUCGGAUACUCUUAUUGCCCUGGGUUUGAAAGACUAGCAGCGCAGUCCUCACUCUUACAGCCAAAUUCAUGCUGCUCUUUGCUAUUCUCUGGGACAUGCUUUUUGCCAGGGUGUCAGAAGGCUCCUGCCAUGACCUGUGGAGUGUAGGGAGUGAGAGGCAGUGCUUGGCUGCAGGCAGUGCUGCCUGGCAGCCCAGGAGCAGGCGAGUGUGCUGAGUCUCAGCAGAUGGAGCAGUGAGUCAGCCUCAGGCGCUGCAAGGGCAAAGCAAAGGCUUUGACCUCUGUGCAGAGGGGCUAAACAGCAAUAUCCAUUGCAGCUCUGGAGGAAAGAUUGGCCUCUUGGUUAUAGGGAAGGGAUUGCAGUCCCAAUGGAUGAGGACCAUUAUGGCAUGGCCUAUGCAUACAGUGUUGGAUGGAUUUUAUGCAAAUAUCCAGAGAAAAUUUAUAAUAGAUCUCCACGGAGGUUGUAGGAUGUUCUUUGGAUGGAAAAACAUACAAAGAAUCUGUCUCAAUGUGUUUGCCAUAUGAUGAUGCCUUUUUUUCAUUCUCCAUUCUAGGGAAGGGGGGUGUUUGCAAGGCACAUUAAGUCCCUGUUCUGUGUUGCCUUUUUGCCAUGGUGUGACCCUGCCCUCCUAAUAUAAGUAAGGUCCUAACAGUAACAGAUGAAAAUUCAGUCCCAAAAAAAUGAAGAUGUCUUGUCUGCAAUGUAAUGCUGUAAUGAACUAAGACAGAAGUUCUCUAAUUUUAUAUGACAUCUUUCUCUCAGUCUUGAACUUCUAAUUCAAAUCCUAGCUGUGAGUCUGUCAAAGUGCUCCUGAUCUUAGUAAGUGAAAUGUUCUGGAUUUAUUUAUGCGCAUAAUUACAGAUACUCUGUGCUGCUGCUGCAGAGAAUAGGAGAGGGGCUCACAGGAACUGUGACAGAAAUAGGUGUGUUGGUAGAAGUGGCAAAUUUCAAGUAGUUGUGUCUGGAGAAGAAAAGUCAGAGUGCAAUCUGAAGUGAGGGGAGUGGGGGUAAGGUGUUAGUGUAGGCUCUGGAUGACUGGUGCUCCCCUUUCUGGUAGCACGUAGCUGGACCAUCUAAAUAGCUUCUCAUCUGCCACCUGCUCCAGCAGCACAAGGGGGGGUUGCUGUCCUGGAAAUUCCUUUGAAGCUCAGGUGGGCUUCGGAGCAGCUCAGUACGCAGCAGUAGUGGUGUCAGCUACUUGCGCCCUCCUCCACUCCCAUGGCGGUGUUUGACCCAGGUGUAGGGUCUGACUUUGAGCUGGUUUUGAAACUGACACCUGGUGCAUCACCAGGAUCAGAUUGCUUACAAGUGUUUAGAAGACCUGGAGCCUUUUGUCCAUACCACAGCAAAAUUUUGGUUUUGUUUUUUUUUUAUUUUGGGGUUAUUUUUUUGGGACCUGAAUCCUCCUUAAACAGAGUGUAAUACAUGGUGGUGUAUUACAAGGCUUAAAUUGUUACCUAUUGAGGAUGGCUUUAGUGCCCCUGCAUUUCUUGCACAGUUGUUUAUUUUGCUUGUGUUUUCUGCAGAUGCAGGGAUAGGAUGGCUCAAGGUAGUUCAUAGAUUUGCUGUGUUAGAGAAAUUUGAUGAAGUGCAGAAAAUAAUUGGGAUAUUUUAAUGUAAGUCUGCAACACUAGCAGUUGUAGAACAGGAAGGAUUUUCUCUGGCACUGACCUAUACGUGUGGAUGUUUGCCUGAAGAAAUGCUGGAUUGUUGCACUUAUACUGGUGCAAAGUUAUUUGCAGUUGUGUAAAGCAUUGUCUUGAUAUGACAAGAGUAUUGUCAUGAAUUGGCACGAAAGAAUAUUUUUUAUCAAAAAAAGGAGCAUAGCUAUUGUGUGAUGUAUGGCAAGGAAAAAUCUUAGUGGGGUUGUGCACCUUUCAGGGCUUCCAGCUGAAAAUCUCUAUAGAGCAAAACUUUUCUAACCAGCAGCUUAAGUCUAGUAAAAGCCUUUACGAACUACGAGAAAGAGGCACUUUGUUAAUUUGUUUUCCUUGGGGUUUGAACCAUUUGCAUCCCUUUGGGAAAAGGUUAAACGGACGAUUUGCCUUAGAUGGCCCUCCAGCGUGGAGGGCAUAGUAAACGUGGGAGGGGUUGGGUUUGGGAUGGGUUUGUAGGAAGAGAUUUGGGGUUGGUUUUGGUUUCCAGUUUAUUUAUUUUUUAUGCAAAAGGUUCGUUUCUCUACUCACAUCGUUCAUGCAUUAAUAUAUAUUUUAUACAUAAGUGAAAGCAGCUUGUUAAAUCUCACAUUGCAUUGCCCCACAUAUAUAUAGAGAUACAUGCACAUUGAAAAAUGGAUUUUAAUAAGUUACAUUUUGCUACUGAUCUGGGACAGGUGGGAAGGAAAAGCAUCACUUUAUAAGGUGCCCCUCUGACACCUGUAAUGCUAUGUUAUUGAAGGAUAAAAACAGCCUGAGCUUUUGGAUUUUAUCUUCUUAUACCAGUAUUAAUAAGCAAUGUGGUAAGGCAUAUUUUAUCUGGCUUAGAAGCUGUGGAUUAUUUUUAUACUUCAAUAUUUUCCUGGUUUAUAUUUUUGACUUUAUUUUAUGAACUACAGUGUUGCAGAAAAAAUACUUUUAAUGAUGUCUGCCUUUAGUUUUGACUUUUCUCUGUCAAUUCUGUUGCUGUAAAAUUAGACAAAUUUGAGAAGAGACAGAAACAAUUGAUAAAUAGCAGGGACUGCAUAUAUUCCAAAGUUGUAUUUAAAUCAACAAGUAUAAGAUUUCCUUUGUUAAUUGCUACUGUACAUCUGGAAUCCUAUCUGACUAAAAAUAGUAAUGGUUUGCUUUUUUGAGACAUUCGGCAUAGCUCUGACUUCUGUGGAAGCUGCAAGAUCUGAGGUGCUUUUGAAAAUCUUGCCAAAGUGUCAGAGGAGGAAAGCAAAGAUAUCAAAUUAUUGUCAUAACUUUUAUCUUUCAGGGCAGGACAGUGUAGCACUAGGAAAGUGGCUUCAUUGCCAAACAGACCAUUCCUUUUAGAGCCCUCCCACCCUGUUCCUGCCUAAUCCUCUUCUGACAGGAAAAACACUGUAAUAAUACAAAUACUCUGAGGGCUGUGAGUGUAGAUGUGGGACAUUAAAGGAAACGUUUGCUCGCAGGACUGUGAUGUGAGAUCAUGUGUAGUAAUGAUGACUACAUGUUGCGACUGCACAGGUUUAUAUAAAAUUUUUCUUACCUUUAUAUUCAAAAGAAAAAAGCAGGAUGUUUGUUUUGGAGAACUGAGGAGUGUGAGGAAACGCUCUAUGAGUAUUUCACAGGUUAGAGAAGAGAGGGCUCUUCAGGUAUACUUUCCAUGGAUUGAGUGUAUUCCUGUCUCACUUCACCCUUACUGCUGCUCAGAAGGCACAGCCCUAGCCUGGGACCUGCUUGACCUACCUGGGAGCCACAUACAGCUGAAGAUCCACUGGUGCUCAUCUUUGCCACAUUUACACCCAGUAUGAAUACUGACUGAAGGCAAAAACUGUAUGAAGCAGGAUUGAGGGGGAGCAGCUGCUUUCUGAUGCUGUGUAUAAGUCCUUUGGCCAAGGACUUAAUGCAGCUAUUAUUUAUGUAGGGUUUUUUUAAGUCUUUGCUUUUGUAUGCUGGUACUUCAUCAUUGAAGGGAAGAAAACAAGCUUUUGCUGCUCAGAUCUUUGAAAAAUGUCCAGUAAGAUGCUUUUGAAAAUUUGCCCAGAGUAAGCUUAUAUGUACUGUGUUUAGCAGAGGGAGGCAUAUUCAACAACCAUUUUCUAUAGACCAGGCUAUUUUAGAAAUGAGGCAGCUGAGUUUUCUGAAAGUCAUGCUUCACUUAGGAAAAUACUGGAAUGUGUUUUACUUGUGUCUUUGUCAGAGACUUAAUUCAAACAAAAAACCUUGAAGAAGUAAGUCUAUAAAGAUUUGAAGGGAUGGGCUUUACAGUAAAUAUAUCCUGUUUUUAAGGAAACUGACAUUUGUCUCUUCAUGUUGUACUGCAGGUUUUUGUGCUUUUUUUUGCGUGAUGAUGGGAAUUAGUUCCAAGCCAGGCUGAUGAUUGAAUUGAGUCAAGUUUUGUUGAGGUUUCCAAAGCAUUGCACAAGAGAUUUCAAGGGGAAAAGUUUGGGGGCAUGUGACAGUUAAUCUCAUUAGCUAUAAGAAUGAAGUUUAAGCAUACUGUUCAAAAUUUACUCAGUUCUGUGCUGCUCUUUGUUUUAAUUAACAAUCUCCUGCGUAGAUUGGGAGCGUAAACUUCUUUCCACUUUAGUCCAAUUAAAUCGUGCUUGGAAGCUAUCAAUGGUGGGGGGAGCCCCUCCCUACCCCCCUUCUUUUAAUUGUUCAGUGAGUCUAGUGAAUAAUGGAAGAAUUUGCCUGACAGGGUUUUGUUGUGUUUCGUCUUCUUGAUGAAUUAUUUCAGAGGAUAGACGGCAGUCUUGUCAAAAAUGCAUUGGAAUGACUCAUCCAAUUCCUCAGAAAGUGACGAUGAAGCUCAUUCAGCCUUCACACAGACUGAGCACAACAUAGUUGCAGCUUACUUGAUAACAGCAGGAGUGAUAAGCAUUUUCAGUAACAUUGUUGUGUUAGGCAUCUUUGUUAAGUACAAAGAGCUUCGGACAGCAACCAACGCAAUUAUUAUCAACUUGGCUUUUACUGAUAUUGGUGUUAGUGGCAUUGGUUACCCCAUGUCUGCUGCCUCAGACCUGCAUGGAAGCUGGAAAUUUGGAUAUACGGGAUGCCAGAUCUAUGCUGCCUUAAAUAUAUUUUUUGGGAUGGCGAGUAUUGGUUUGCUGACUGUUGUUGCUGUUGAUCGUUACCUGACCAUCUGCAGGCCCGAUAUAGGAAGAAGAAUGACCACCCGUAGCUAUGCCACUCUCAUCCUUGCUGCCUGGAUAAAUGCAGUCUUCUGGUCUUCCAUGCCCACUGCAGGCUGGGCCAGCUACGCUCCGGAUCCCACUGGAGCAACGUGCACAGUAAAUUGGAGGAAAAAUGAUGCGUCCUUUAUUUCCUACACAAUGAGUGUAAUUGCUGUUAAUUUUGUUGUGCCCUUAACAGUCAUGUUUUACUGUUAUUACAAUGUUUCCCGGACAAUGAAACAAUAUGCCAGCAGUAACUGCCUGGAGAGCAUUAACAUAGAUUGGUCUGACCAAGUAGAUGUGACAAAGAUGUCUGUUGUGAUGAUUAUAAUGUUCUUGGUGGCGUGGUCUCCAUAUUCUAUUGUGUGUUUGUGGUCUUCCUUUGGAGACCCAAAGAAAAUUUCUCCUGCAAUGGCCAUCAUAGCUCCUCUCUUCGCAAAAUCUUCCACAUUCUAUAAUCCCUGCAUUUAUGUCAUUGCAAACAAAAAGUUUCGGAGGGCGAUCCUGGCUAUGGUGCGAUGCCAGACAAGACAAGAGAUAACCAUAAACAACGCUUUGCCCAUGAGUGUAUCUCAAAGUGCAUUGACAUCGCAGAACUCCAGUCAUUUGCCUGCAUAAAGUUGCAUGGAAAGGAGUGAAAUCUGGGUUCAAAUUAAUUAAUCUUUUGGACAAUUUCUUUUUGAAUAAUAAUAUUUUCCGGAUAGCUGUUUUGUGUUAGUCACAGUAAUCUUUUUAGAGAAGUUAAGGAGACAAAACCUGCCAAGACUUUAGUUUUUGAGACUGAGGUUUAUUGGUCCUAUAUGUCUGUCUCAAAUAAAAAAGGGUAGCAAAGUGGCCACUGUGAUUCUUACAGAGCUAGACUAGGUGACAGAGGGGCCAGCAAAGACAGAAGUGUGAAGUUCUUGUGUUCAGUAACCCCAGAUUUUUUAUAUGUAUUAAUUCCUUUCAUGAGGUACUUUCCACCAGAUUCCCUUGAAAAUUCCAGAAUUCAAAUACUCUGGGUACUUCCUAAGGCUGUAUAUGUCCAUACCAAGUGUGCAUGUUGAUUUGCUUUGCAAAGUUCUGUUUAUUGUGAAUAUGUUAUGGUGUCAAAAUAUCUACCCCACUGACCCCAUAGAAUCUUCUAUUAGGUUUUAGGAUUUUGAAGGAAUUUCAGCAUAUUUAAAGUAUUUUUAAAAGUUUGACUGGCAGAACCAAAUUAAUUUGUAGUAAAGACAGCUUGUUUUUUUUUUUUUUUGGUUUUUUUUUUUUUUUUUUUUUUUUUUGUAAGUAGCAUGUUUCUAGUGCUUGUGACUGCACAGCAAAUCCUGAAAAUGUGACAAAAUGUACCCUAAAACUUUACACUUGGGAAGUGCAUAAAACUGAGUAAAUAUUUAUGGUAAUUUCUCAUCACUUCUACGUCAAUCUUAUGUUUAUGUACAUCUGAUAUUUAAUUUUCAAGAAGUAUCUUUGUCAGUGUGAGCAAUGGAUUUAUUUGGGGUGAAAAAGAUGACUGUAUAGAUUUAUCUUCAACUAUUACGUGUGUGUGCAUGUGCAGUUUGGCUUUGCAGUGUAAAACUUAAACCAUAUAUGUAUUUUUGGCAAAACCCUGUUUUUAUAGGAUUUUUUAAAAGCUCUGGAAUCUAGCCUUUCUAUUAAUUUGCCAUUUGCAGUAUUAAAGAAAAUGCCAUGCAAUAUC